GCCGCUGCCGCCGCUGCCGCCGCUGCCGCUGCAGCAAAUUGCCGCGGUCCCUGCGCCGGCUGAGCCAGGGUCCCGGAAGCAGCAGACGACGACACCGUGCCGCUCAUCAUCCACCACCUCCUCCACCUCCUGCUACACCACCUCCACCUCGUUAUCGUCUUCUCUUCCACCUCGUCGCCCUCGCCUCCUGCUCGUCCUCGCUCGGCCCACAGGGAUGGAUGGAAGCAGCUCCCCGGAGGAGCGCGUCCGAGUGCUGAGCCAGAAGGGCUCCCAGGUGGAGGUGCGGGACAGCAUCCCCCCCCAACGCUACUUCCGAUCGGGGAAGGAGAUGCUGCGCAUGGCCACGGUCUACCACGAAGAAGGCAACCUCGAGGAGGCCUUCAUGCUCUACACCAAGUACAUCACGUUGUUUGUUGAAAAGCUACCCAAGCACCAGGACUACAAAAUCGUUUCGCUGCCCUUGAAGGCGGACACAACGAAGAAACUCAAGACGGUUUUUCCGCUCGCAGAGAAUGUGAAGAAGAAGCUCAAAGCCACUUACGCUAAAGAACACAACAUGUACUUGGAGAAGCAGGGCGAGCUGGCGGCGGAGCGAGCGCGCGAGCAGGAGCGAGCGCGCGAGGUGGAGGAGGAGCGGCGUCGCCUCGCGCAGAUGCAGCGGCAGCAGCAGGAGCAGCAGGCCUUCCACGCCUUCGAGGAGACGCUGCGGCAGCGCGAGCGCGAGAAGGAGCGCCUCGCCGUGCUGCACCGGUUCGGCUCCGAGGACCACGACGACGCCGUCCCCGGUGCCGCCGCCGCCGCCGCCGCCGGGCCGGGGGUGCUGAUUCAGGGCCUGAAGCCCCCCCCCACGGACGGGCGGCCCCCACCCGCCGCCCCCGGCGGGCCCCCCGCCGUGGACAGGUCCUGCAAGCCGGCGUCGCUCGUGUCACCAGCGCGUGACAAUGAGAGAAAAGUGGUCGUCCCUUCAAAUCUCUGCGAAAAGUUUCUGGCACAAGUAUCGGAGAACACUGCUCGUGCUGUGGAAACCUGCGGCAUCCUGUGCGGGAGAAUGGUGCAAGGCGUGUUCACGGUGACGCACGUGAUCCUGCCGAAGCAGAAGGGCUCCUCCGACUCGUGCCUGACGGAGAACGAGGAGGAGCUCUUUGAGAUCCAGGAUCGAUACGACCUGCUCACGCUCGGCUGGAUCCACACUCACCCGACACAGACGGCGUUCCUCUCCAGCGUGGACCUGCACACGCACUGCUCCUACCAGCUCAUGCUGCCCGAAGCCAUCGCAAUCGUCUGUUCUCCCAAGCACGAUGAAACGGGGUUCUUCAAGCUGACGGAGUGUGGCAUGGAGGAGAUCUCGAUGUGCGUCCAAAAGGGCUUCCACCCGCACUCCAAGGAGCCUCCGCUGUUCCAGGUGUGCGACCAUGUGCAGUUCAAGGCGGAGCUGUGGGCCACCAUCAUCGACCUCCGGUGACAGCCCCAGCAGGGGACCGAUGGCCCGUUUUGAUACCACGCCACUCGAGUGACUUAACACGCUUGGCCAGCCUAAUAUGGAACUUCGCUGUAUCCGAGGCGGACGUUGUGCAUAAAAUGUACGUUACCGAUGUAAUACGUAUGAAAACGUGAACGGUUUAUUACACAAACUGCGCAGUUAUCUUAUUCCUGCAGUUAUGUGCAGUGUAUAUGCAAAGCGCUUGAACUAAUAGCUUACAGAACUUUUUUUUUAAUAUAUGAAACCUUGUUCGUAUGCUGCUGCUGCUUCUUUGGCAUUACACCUGACAUUUUGGUAGGAAAAAAUAACUUAUUGAGAGCUAUGAAUGUCGUAAACAUUGGUUAAACUAGUUAGCUUGUAAAUUAAUCUUAUCUCUUAAAGUGACAUCUAAAUAUUACAGUGGGAUUUUUUUUUUGUUAAUGGACGCUUAUUAACAUUACCAACUUAAUCCUUCCCAUUCCCACUUGGUAUGUCAUUGGGUGUGUGAUCACCUGUUGUGAGGACGCCUCAACCUUCCUAGAGCCAAACUUAAGACGGUCGUUUGUGAGCAAGGUCGAGUUAAAGCGUCGCCUUCCUGCCCCUUUAACAAUGUGCCCCAUCGUCACCCUGACCCUGUGUUCGCACUCACUCUGUCGGAAGAAGUCCUCCUGGCCUCAAGACUGUUGCGAUCUCUCUCAUGCCUUGUAUUUUACUUCACCGCUGCCUCAGAUGGUGCUGUAUUGAUCACAACAUGCCUGACCCGUCAUGAAUAUAUUUCACACAGCCCUCUCUCGUGUCCGUGACGUUAUUGGUUCACCAUUCUUCCCGUUAUUCGCCACCCCCCGAGGAUUUGAAAAUGGCUGGCAUUGAAAGAACUUUUGACAAGACUUGAGAAUUUAUUCUGCAGUAUGUUCAUAUUAUUCUUGGUAUGAUGUUGGUAAGAAUAUACAAACAGCUGUCAACAACAAAAGCACCCCCAGCAUGCUUUGCAUGUUAAGAUGACAAUCAUUCCUGCACAUUCCACACAGCUUUGUGAUGGCUACCAGCUCAAUAUAUCAUGAGUGGCAUUUCACAUUUAGACAGCAGAAGCACAAGGCAGGUGUGUACCAGUUUCAUAAUUAUUAAGACUCAUCAGUUCAGUUUAGCCAUCAUGGCCUACUGCUGCCACCUUGUGGAUGAAGGAGGCGUGUGGAGCAGUCUUCCUUGCACUGCCUGAGGCCAAAAAUCCAAAUGACAACUUCCACCAGUUGGAAAGGCAACUCAUCAGCCAGUCAGAAAUGCAUGCAAGUCUGAACCUCAUCCCCUUUGGCAUAAAUAACAGAAGUAAACAAUGGUGGUUAUACUUACACUGACGAGUCCUAAUAAGUAAGAAGUUGGUGUAGUUACGGUGUUCUGCUUAGACUCGUUUAAGUUUUUCUGUAUAUUGUGAAUAAAUGCUUACUGACCUAA